AUAAACUCAAAAGAAGAGGAAACCAUGUUUUACAGAAGAACAACAGCUGACUAUUGUUUACAACGUAAGGCGUGUCAUUAAAGAUGCGUUCUACAGUGGUUCCGCUCGUAUCAUUCAUCUCUUGAGCUGGCUCGGGGCAGUCCAGCCUGUAGCUGUAACACUAAAGCUAACAUGGAGAAACGGUUCAGAGAGAUGAAGCUGCAGAGUGAGAGGAAGCUGGACCAGAGCAAGAAGGGCAGUGUAGACGAAGACAUCACCCAGCUGGUGUCUCUGCUCAACAGCUGCGAGCAGUACUUCACCACCAGCUCCUGCUCCGGGAGGACAGUCCUCAUAGACGGGGCUUCAGACAGCAGCGACAUCCACAAACAGAACUGUGUCUGGCUCUUUGUCUCGCACCACAAAGUCAAGUCUGAUGACCUGGUGGACGCUGUGGGUCACUCCUCAGGGGAUGCUGUGAUGAAGUUUGAGCCCUUUGUGCUGCAUGUGCAGUGCAGGAGGCUGGAGGACGCUCAGCUACUGCACUCAGUGGCCAUCAACUCAGGCUUCAGGAACUCCGGGCUCACUGUCAGCAAGACGGGGAAGAUCAUCACGGCCGUCCGCAGCACCCACGGCCUGGAGGUUCCUCUCAGCCUUGAAGGGAAGCUCCUGGUUCCUCACGACUACAUCCAUUUCCUGUGUCAGACAGCCAAUCAGAAGAUGGAGGAGAACCUGAGACGCAUCCACAGGUUCCAGCAGAAUCUCCUGUCAGCCCUACCUACAGAGAAACUAAACAAACUACAAAUCCCAGCUCCUCCCCUCCCACAGGGAUCACCAGAGACAGAGGAGGAGAAAACUAGUGUGUAUAAAGGGAGGCGGAAGAGAGAACGACACCAUCAGACUGACUGUUUCCAUGGCGAUGAGUCAGAGCCAGAGCUGGACGACUGUCUGGAUCUGUUCACUUGAAGUAUAGUGUAUAUUUGUAUACAUAUGAAAUAUAAAAGUGUUGCUGCACAUUGUUCAUAUUGAUCGGAGAGCUGGGGCCUGUAUCACAAGGAGGAUCGCCAUGGUUACCUCCACUGCAGCGCGGUAGAUUUAAGUCAAUGAGGAAAGCAGCCGGCCAAUUGAGGAACAGCUGUCCAGAGGACUGACCCAGCGUUGCUACCCCCCCCCUCCCCUCACACACAUAAUUAGAACAAAAAGAGUCAGUUAUACAAUAUAAACAUCUCAAAAUAGAAGAUAAACAGAACUAAAAAGGUGAAAAUAUUAAAGUUGACCGUGAAGAGAAAAUCUGUAAACUGUCUGACAAAUGACCUGAAGUCAUGUGACCUUGAUGUAGUUCCUUUAUAGCCUAGCGUUAGCUUUUUACUACUGACGACUGCACUACUACUACGCUUUGAAAAUCGUAAAGUGUUUCCAAAAGCAAUAUUCCAAAAUCCAAUGGAAAAAUGUAUUUGGUUUAAAGUAUGUUGAAGGAGCCUUUGCGAUGCUAACUUCCCGGUCGAAACAAAACAAUACAUCAUCACUGCUCCACUGUAAAUGCCUAUAAUGUCUAGCAUAUGGCUAUUUCAUUUAGCAAUCAAUGAGAAGUUAAAAGGCCACCUAAACUGAUGCAAUGGAUGUAUCUGACUGUCCAGAGGAGAUGCUCAUUUAGAAUUAAGACCAAAUAAGAAUUCUCAAUUUAUCGGAGAUAACAAUUAAAUAAACACUAUUAACAUUGUAUGGAACAGAGGACUUUAAUUGCUUUUUAUUUCUUAACUUUCCUUGUGUUUUAAAUAAAAAAUGUACCA